AUGGAGAGAGUGUCUUGUGGUAGCUCCAACACCCCCAUCGCGAUAGAAAAUUGUCCUAAACACCACAUGCAAGGCUGCGCCACGAGGCAUCCGUCGUAUCGUGGCAUUCGGAAAAGGCGAUGGGGGAAAUGGGUGUCCGAAAUUCGAGAGCCAAGGAAAAAAAAACGUAUAUGGCUAGGCUCAUAUCCAACACCAGAAAUGGCAGCUAGAGCAUAUGAUGUAGCUGCAUAUUGUCUAAGAGGACAAAAGGCGCAACUCAAUUUUCCGGAUGAAGUCGAGCUUUUACCGCGGCCCUCUACAUGCAACGCUAAGGAUAUUCAGGCCGCUGCAGCAUUGGCGGCAAAGAUGGUGGUAGAAAAGGCCGACGUUUUAAAUAACGAUGGCUGCGAUGAUUUUUGGGGUGAAAUUGAGCUGCCGGAGCUGAUGGAUAAUGGUCCAGAAGUUUUUUCUGAGACUUUGAGUGAUUAUAUAUCAGAAGAAUCGUAUUGGAAUAAUUCUUGCGAGACGAUCCCUAGUGAUACCCCAACAAUAGAUUAUGAGUAUAUUGUUUGA